AUGAAUCCUACUACCACCCAGAAUGAAUUCAUCUGCUCUAUCUGCCGGAAUUAUUUCAUCGAUCCUGUCACCACUAACUGUGGGCACAACUUUUGCAGACCUUGUCUCUAUAUAUGCUGGGAGAAAGCCUCAAAUUCUCAGAGCUGCCUUGAGUAUAAGAAACCAUGUCAAAGAUGCCUUAAAGCGAACGUUGAUCUGAAGACACAAGUGUUCUCUGCCAGGAGCACUUUACUGAACUCUGAACAACAAAUGUGUGAGAUACACAAGAAACCAAAGGACUUCUUCUGUGAAGAGGUCAAGGACAUACUCUGCUUGCUCUGCUGUAAUUGUCAGGAGCCCAAGGCUCACCAACACUUUUCCAUUGCUUGGAUUGCUGAGAAAUACUGCCAAACACAUCUAUUUCCCUCCUCUCCACUCUUAACUCAGUAUGUAAAAAGACCUCCAGUUCAUGUUGGGUUAUUCCUGGAUUAUGAAUGUGGUAUAGUGAGGUUUAUAGUACCCUCGUUUGUAGUUUAUUUCCAUGCUCAUUCAAUUACCCUCUCAGACCUUUUCUUUGCAUUGGCCCCCAGUGAUCAAGUGUACUUCAUGGGAAUCACUGCUAUUUGGCUGGACCACGUGGGACCCCCUAAGCUCAAGCAGAAGGAAGUGGGACAGCUGGAACUGGAGUGA